AUGGGCUCCCGGGAGCGCGCCGCACUGCUGCUCCUGCUGCUGCACGUGAGCCGGGCACCGUGGCAGUGGGAGGGCCUGAGUGUGACCCGCCUGGCGCGGGGGGACAGGGCACUUGAGGUCGGCGCCCCACACCAGAAUGUAUGCAAAGGGGGGUCACGGCCCCAUGCUGCUGGGGAGUCGGGGGCACGAGCCGUGCUCGCCAUCCCGUGGGGCCCCCGCCCAGGGGCACAGAAGUGUUCUGAUGGGACUAUGCACCCUUCUGUAAGGCUGGUGAACGUGAACAUCCCCAGCGUCUCGAUUAAUGUCAUUUUUAUUUUUAAGGUCAGUACUGCCGACAGCUUCCGACGAGAGAGUGAUGAUCUUACUGACCACAUGCAGGGAGAGAGCCAUCGGCCUCUACGUCGAUCCAAGAGAAGAUGGGUCAUCACCACCUUGGAGCUUGAGGAGGAAGACACAGGGCCCUUUCCCAAACUCGUUGGUGAGCUGUUCAACAAUAUGUCUAAUGACAUGUCACUGAUGUACUUGAUCAGUGGACCGGGUGUAGAUGAGUAUCCAGAGCUUGGCUUGUUUUCCAUAGAGGACCAUGAGAAUGGGAAAAUAUACGUUCACCGCCCCGUUGAUCGAGAGGCAACACCGUCUUUCAUGGUUCGUUUUGAUGUUGCGAAUCGCUCAACAGGAAACAUUGUGGAUCGCUCCUUGCUCUUCAAUAUCAGGAUCCGUGAUGUCAAUGACCACGCACCCCAGUUUCCGAAGGAGGAAUUUAACAUCACGGUGAAAGAGAGCCAAGAGGCAGAUGUGCCGAUUUUGCAGAUGGUAACAGUUGAUUUGGAUCAAGAAAACACUCCAAAUUCCCAAGUCCUUUACUUCCUCGCUUCUCAAACGCCAUUUCUGAAAGAGAGCGGCUUCCGGAUCGAUCGGAUUAGUGGAGAAAUACGACUCUCCGGGUGCUUGGAUUAUGAGACCGCUCCUUUGUUCACAUUACUGAUCAGAGCAAGAGACUGUGGGGAACCUCAGCUGUCCUCCACGGCCACCCUUCACAUCCACGUGCAAGAAGGCAACAACCACAGGCCUGUGUUCACCCAGGAGAGUUAUCACCUGCAGAUUCCCGAAGGCCGAGUCAGCCCCAGCGCGCUGCACCUCCAGGUCCACGAUGGCGACUCGCCCCUGACGUCAGCUUGGAGAGUAAGAUUCAACAUCUCCAGUGGCAACGAAGACGAGCAUUUUGACAUUUCAACGGACCCCGACACCAACGAAGGAGUUUUAAGUGUCAUCAAGGGAAUCCGCAUUUUGGCCUCACCUGUUAAAAUGGAACCACCUGGGCAUAGCUAUAAACUGAUUCAUGAUCCGGCAAAUUGGGUCACGGUCGAUGAAAACUCAGGCGCAGUUACCACCAGGAAGCAAAUCGACCGAGAAUCCCCUCUCGUGAAGGACAGCUUUUACACCAUCAUCAUCCAUGCCGUUGACGACGGCUUCCCGCCACAGACGGGUACUGGGACCUUGAUGCUGUUCCUGUCUGAUGUCAAUGACAAUGCCCCCACACUCCAACACCCCUACCUGGAGGUCUGUGAGUCAGCAGUGGGCAGGCCCCUGCUUCUGGAGGCAGAGGACCAGGACCUGGAGCCCUACGCAGACCCGUUCACCUUUGAGUUGCACAGCACCCAGGGAAGUGUAGACGACAAAUGGAAACUGGGGAAAAACUGGGGUGAAUCUGUGGAACUUCUCAUGGUGAGCAGCCUCCCGAGUGGGAAUUACUCCGUGCCUCUUUCCAUCGGAGACCGGCAGGGCCUUUCCCAGAAGCAGAUUGUCCACGUCAGGGUGUGCUCCUGCCUUGGCGGAGUCACGUGUGCCAAAUCCACAGCCUUAGGAGCCAGAGCGGGGCUCCGCGUGGGGAUGCUGGCCCCUGUGUGCGCAGCCAUCAUGGUCCUGGCAGUGGCUCUGUUUUCCCUGCUGCGAUGCUAUUCUUCGUUUGAACCCAAGAGGAACUGCAGCUCCUCCCCAUGUGAAGCCGGUGUCCAGACCCUGAUGACAUGUAAUGAAGAGAGCAAAGCCAUCUCCACCCAGGUAGCGCACUGUGGGUAG